AUGCAGGGAACUUUAGUUGUGGAAGGGAAGUAUGAUGAUUCUCAGGGUACUUAUGAGGACACUCAGCCUCAGACGACGUGUGAUUUGCUUAGAGAUCUGAGUAUGUCCCUUUUCUAUUUUCUGGAAAGGGAGCUAGUGCUUUAUACAGAUGGUCUGUCGGACAGACAGAUGGCCCAGACUUCUCUAAUGCCUUCUUGCCAAGUGGAGGCCACAGAGGAUGCAAGAAAAUCCUGUCCGGCAACAGCUCCUAUUUCUGCCAUUGACUCAGACCUCCCAGCUGCCAGCUUGCUAGGACUUCCCAAUUUCCUGCUUCCUUCUCUCCAUCUUUUUAAAUGUCUCAUACUCCAGAUCCAAGCUUUCCAGCCUCUACCUCAGGCCCUGCUCCUUUUCGCCUGUGAUACUGGGGAGCAGUGUUCAACCCUGCAGCCCCUGGCUGGUGGGCAUGAGGCGCAGAUGCUGCCAUUGCGUAAUGACUCCAAAUCUUCCCAACCCGAAAACCCUGGUUACAUAUUUGGUUACAUAUUUGCCAGCUAUCUCCUUUUUAUGUCAUUUGAUGAUGUACUAAAUUUAACACAGACCAUCUUCUGGUGCAAACAGCCCAGCAGAAACAUGCAUCUAGCCCUCGUGUUGAAUGAUCUUAAGGAAGUAGUUGGACUUCCAGGUCACCCUGUCUUCCCUGCGCAUCACGGCGGUGCAUCAGGGAUUGCCACGCAGGGUUUAAAGACGAUGUCACUCUCACGAGGAUGCCUGGAGAGAGGAGAUGAUUAUCCAAAAUGCUUCAUUGUGGGAGCAGACAACGUGGGUUCCAAGCAGAUGCAGCAGAUCCGCAUGUCCCUCCGCGGGAAGGCUGUGGUGUUGAUGGGCAAGAACACCAUGAUGCGCAAGGCCAUCCGAGGACAUCUGGAGAACAACCCAGCUCUGGAGAAACUGUUGCCUCACAUCCGGGGGAAUGUGGGCUUUGUGUUCCCGAAGGAGGACCUCACUGAGAUCAGGGACAUGCUGCUGGCUAAUAAGGUGCCAGCUGCCACCCUUGCUGUUGCCAUAGCCCCAUGUGAAGUCACUGUGCCAGCCCAGAACACUGGUCUGGGGCCCGACAAGACCUCCUUCUUCCAGGCUUUAGGCAUCACCACGAAGAUCUCCAGGGGCACCAUUGAGAUCCUGAGCGACGUGCAGCUGAUUAAGACUGGAGACAAAGUGGGAGCCAGCGAAGCCACACUGCUGAACAUGCUGAACAUCUCGCCCUUCUCCUUUGGGCUGAUCAUCCAGCAGGUGUUUGACAAUGGCAGCAUCUACAACCCUGAAGUGCUGGACAUCACGGAGGAGACUCUGCAUUCUGGCUUCCUGGAGGGUGUCCGCAAUGUUGCCAGCGUAUGCCUGCAGAUAGGUUACCCAACUGUUGCAUCAGUGCCGCAUUCUAUCAUCAAUGGAUACAAGCAGGUUCUGGCUUUGUCUGUGGAGACUGAUUACACCUUCCCACUUGCUGAAAAGGUCAAGGCCUUCUUGGCUGAUCCAUCUGCAUUUGUGGCUGUGGUCCCCGUGGCCGCUGCCGCCACCGCUGCACCUGCUGCCGCCGCAGCCCCAGCCAAGGUCGAAGCAAAGGAAGAGUCGGAGGAAUCAGAUGAGGAUACGGGAUUUGGUCUCUUUGACUAGUCACCAAAAGCAACCAAUUCAGCCAACUUUAUUUGUGAAACAAGGAAAUAAAGGCAUACUUCUCUUAAAAAAAAAAAA